UGCUGGUGUUCACUGUUCAGAGGGAGACAACUCUCUCGACCAAGCCGGAAUCGUCAUGAAGCUCCGCCGCCUCGCGCCGCCCGCGGCCUCCGCCGCGCUCCCGCCGCCCUCUCCGCCGCCGCGCCACCAAGCUCCGCGGGCUCUUCCACUGCCGUCGGCGCAGGCGUCCUCAAAGAAGCGCCGCGUCUCGCCUUUCCCGCCCAAGACGGCCACCCCAGUCCCGCCGCCCGCACCGGCUCUCGCAACCUCCGCUCCCGCCGCCACGUUCCUGAGCCCGUACUCGCUGCCUCAAGGGGACACGACUACGGAGCCUGCGUACGUGGAUUCCCCCACGGCGCCGCCUCCGGCCGCUGACGAGAAACCCUCCACGCCGUCGCCUCCGGCCGCGGACGAGGAACCCUCCACGCCGUCUGCCGCCACGAGGCCGGUGCUCGCAGGGGAGGCUCGCAAGAUGAAAAGGAAGGUCACCAUGAUCAGAAACCCUGUCCCCGAGGGCGCGCUCGCUGUUGGGAAGGCCACCGCGGCGGCGUCCAUCUUAGCAUUACCGGCGGGGAAGGGAUGUGCGCCCGACAAACCUUCGAGUCAUAGAAAUGCUUCUCUAGUUGAGGAGCAGAAUGCGAGUGAAAUUGAAGUUCAGAAGCUGCCUAGUGGUUUCAAUGCCGUUGAUGUGGAUGAAACAUUGUUGGGAUCUGCUAAAAAAACAUUGUUGGCUGAGGAGGCUGUGGGGGGAGGAACCUUAAUCAGUAAGCCAGCGGCAAAUACUGAUUGUGAUGCCUGUGAGAUAGAGGAAUUGGCGAGUGCGGGCAUAGGAAAGCGGGGAUUUGGGAUGUCAGAGAGGCAAAGGAGGAGGAUGACAGAGGUAUUUGUCUGCGGGCUCGACGGGAGCAUGAAAGAGGAAGACGUGAGGUCAGUGUUUGGGUGGGCAGGAGAGAUCACCCAGGUUCGGAUGGCAAUGGAUGCGAGGACGUGGAAGAGCAAAGGGUACUGCUUUGUGCGUUACCGUGAGCCCUCACAGGCUAAGAAGGUUGUCGCGGAGUUCUGCAAAUGGAAGGUUGUUUCAACUCACUGGGAUGAAUUCAAAAUCUGUUGGAAGCUUUGUCAAGUUGAAGCUGUGGAUGGGAAUGAUAAAAUUGUUCUUGAAAAUAUUGACAAGAAAUGGAAGAAAGAAGAUAUUAUGAAGCUACUACACAAAACUGGAGUUGAGAACAUUGAUAAAGUAACACUCAUGGCUGACUGUGACAACCCAGGCUAUAAUUGUGGGUAUGCUUUUCUUGAACUUGAGACUGAAAGAGAUGCAUGGAUGGCAUACAUAAAGCUUUCAAGGAAAGGUGUUUUCCGCAGAUGUCUAAAUAUAACAGUUGCAUGGGCUAAAGCAAUGAGUGAUCGAGAUGAAGAAAUGCAGCAGGUUAAAUCAAUUUUCGUGGAAGGUAUCCCUGAGUCCUGGGAUAAUUUAAAGUUGACAGAAAUCUUCAGUAAAUAUGGAGUGAUCCAACGUACUGUUCUAUCACAUGAUAUACAGUCAGCUAAAAGGAGUGACUUUGCAUUUGUUCACUAUACUACUCAUGAGGCUGCAAUCUUGUGUCUUGAAUUGUUUGACAAGGAAGAAUUGACUGGGAAUGGCUCAAAGGUGAAUAUUAAAGUCUCACUGGAUAAACCUGUUCGAAAAGGCAAGCAGAAGAAAGAAGACACGAGAAUUAUUAGUAGACAGAAAAGCAAAACAAAGAUUGCCCAAACAUGCCAAGUUCAAGAGCGUGACGACUUCCUUCAAGCCACUCAGGGAUUCAGUGGGUCGGUCCCAGCGACGGCACCUUCACUUCCACCAAUGCUCCAUGGGAACAUGCUGCCUAUUCCGGUGUCGAUUCUACGGAGCCGUUUAGCUAGGGGACAGUGGCAAGUUCUGGUUCGCUGGGAAGGCCUGCCGGCGAGUGAGGCAAGUUGGGAGGACGUGGAGUCUUUUCAACAGCGCUGUCCAGCAUUUGCGCUCGAGGAUGAGCUCUUCCUGAAGGAGAGGAGAGAUGUUAUGGUCGGCAUGAAGUACCAUCGGAGGCAGCACUAAGGGAUUAGAUGUCAUGCCAGUGUUUCCUGGAGUCUGUGGAAGACAAGAAACAACUGGGUCUUUAAUGAUGUAUUAGUUAAAUCCCCAAAAGUGAUCGCUUACAUGAUCAUGGGAUUUCUUUCACAGUGAAUGAAGUUCUUGAAGCCGGAGGACAGUCUGAAGAUGAAGGACGUCAUCGCGAAGUUGAAGGAAGGCCUAAAUGCUUGGUGACUGUGACUUUCUGAGUUUUUCUGGGUGCAGCUGUUUGGCGCUUGAGUCAGGCUCUUUUUGGCUUAGAGGUGUUUUGAGCAAGAGGUGAAAGUAGUACAGCUGUUGGCUACAAAGUAGUUCUUUUGUUUCUCUUUUCUAGGAGCUGGUAUCCUGGUGGUGUCUUGUUUUUUUCUGGACUGUUGCUCUUUUGAUGUUGCUGUGUAAAGCUGGUAUCCCCAGCAAAACUCAUUUGCUUUCAAUAUAAGCAGGACUAAGGUCUGUGUUCUAAAAAAAUUUAAAAUUGCUUACC